GAGAGUGUGACAUGAAGAUGACACAUAGGAAGGUACACGAGCGCAUUGUCUCGCGUCACACCCUUUGACGAGGAAGGUGGGAGGGAGGAGAGGAAAGAGGGAGCAGUUAUGAUCCUAAUCUUACGUUUCAUUGUGUCUCGGGCUUAAGUUCCUGCCAGGUCAGCAAACCGUAGAUACGCCUGUAACUUUCCGAAUGGAAUGGAAGAGAGGAACGGGUCCGCGCUCGCAACUCCGUACACAGGUAGCGUAGAAGGCCCCCGCGAUUAUCGGAGGUGGCUCGCUUCAGUCUGGUCUAGACGUCGGCCGUGCGCGCACCAUUCUUCCGACGCGACGUGUCCGCCACCACUUUUCCGUGCGUGCCUCGGGUGUGACACACGAUCGAGGGAUUUGCAGAAUCUCUCUGUGUAUCGUUUACUAGGGAUACCGGCGUAUACCGACAUCCCGGUAUUCCCCCUUUCACGCCCGUUAUAUGAAUUCUCAACAUCAACGUGCGCUUCAUGGGGUUCGCGUGGAACGAGUUUCACUGGCGCCUUCUCUUGUCCCUGAGUAGAACGCGAAUAGAGUGUAGUCAAUCGCGUUCCCAGGGAA